CGUUAUUUCCGCUCUGUUUGAAAACAAAUGAAAACUAGAAUCUAGACUCUCUAGAUGUUAAAAUAACAUUUCUUUGUCUUUCUGCUAUUCAGACCUAGAUUUGUGAAAAUGACCAACUGUGGUAGGAAAAGAAAAGAUUCAAGAAACCCUCCUGAAGAUCCUGAGAGAUUUGUGGUCAAUUGGUUUAAUGAGAUCAUGCGAGUCCUAGAAAGACCCACCAUCGCCAUCGCAACCUUCAUCAUUGGUGUAGGCUUCAUCGUUUUGGCUAGCAAGCAAGUCCGAUGGAGUGUGGAUUUUCUGGAAAAAUAUGGUAUCGUAAGUCCGUCAAAAGAGGAGAAUGCACUUGAUAACUUGAAGUUCCUGGCAGUGUUCCUAUUUGUCUGGAUAGACAUUGUUCUCGUGUCUUAUCUCAAGAACCUGCUUUUACAGGCCUACCAGGUGGCGGAAAGGUGGUUCUCAAAGGCGAAGAUGGUUGUCCAGAAAAUUUCCGAGAACGAGCUGGAAGAGACCAAAAAGAAGCAGCAGCCAACCGCUCCUCCCCCUCCUCCUCAACAACAGAACCAGCAGCACCACAGCCGAGGUCGAUCUAGUGGGAACCACAACUAAACGUAACGAGACAUUUGAUUGGUUCAUUUAAAUAGUUCCAACCAGUAAAUUGACUACCUGUUAAUAUGAGCUGAAUAACUCGCUUAUGCCCAUACACGCACACACACACACACACAUACAACCCUAAUAAACACGAAAUAAACCCUUUGCAACAGAAAUAAUUGCUUGGAGACAAGAAAGCCAACACGAACACACUCACACUAACGGGACUUAUUGAAUAGAACCUGGCGUUGUUUUAUUGAAUGUUUAUUCACUGGGUCUUAUAUUGGUUAUGGUUGAAAACAAAUUAACCGUCGAAAUGGUGAAAGUAUACAUUGUUAUCUAAAGAGAUUUUUUUUUCAUAUCGAUAUAUCAAGAGCUAUUGAUACCAUUUAUUUCAUACAAGAUUCACUGUCAUAUAUGUGUUUGUUAUAUCAUUUUUCUAUUAUAUCGUGUACUAUUAUUUUCUUACAAAAUAAAUAAAUAAAUAAAUAAAUAUAUAUAUAUAA